GGCCGCGCAGCGGUAGGUGGGGGCCCAGGGGGCGCCGCGGCGCGGGCCCCCCUCCCAUCCUCUCCCCCCCAGCUCGGCCGCCCGCCGCUUUGUUCCGGGCGCGCGGAGGGAAGGCGAGGCUGCGGCGGAUCAUGCCCAUGGUGUAGUCGCGAAGCGGAGGCAUGGCUGCCGGAAGGCUACUGCUCUACACCGGCCUCUCGCUAGCGCUCUGCGCCCUCGGCAUGCUGGCUGUGGCCAUCUGCUCCGAUCACUGGUACGAGACGGACGCCAGGAAGCAUAGGGACCGGUGCAAGGCCUUCAGCACCCGCCGGGUCGACCCUGGCUUCAUUUACAACAGCAACAACAACCUGCCUCUCAGGGCGAGCCGCUCGCGCCUGGACCGCUGGGAGGGUAAACUCCUCCGGGCCAGGAAUCGCCGGCAGCUCUUCGCCAUGAGCCCCGCGGACGAGUGCAGCCGGCAAUACAACUCCACCAACAUGGGCCUCUGGAGGAAGUGCCACCGGCAGGGCUUCGAUCCGGAGAUCGCUGCCCUCAUUCGCAAAGGAGAAAUUGAGCGAUGCACGUACAUCAAGUACCACUACUCCUCAGCCACCAUCCCCAGAAACCUCACGUUCAAUAUCACGAGGACUAUCCGUCAAGACGAGUGGCAUGCCCUGCGUAAGUACACCCAUGUCUCUUUGGCUGUGACUGUGCUGUGA